UUUUAUAAAAGCUUGGAAGCUAUAAAAUCUUAAUUUCCUUCCAAUGUGGUUCUUAACAGGUGAAAAGAGAAGUAGUGCAGAGACAGCUCUCAAGAAUGGCGCAGUUAACGUGCAUUGACUUAGGGGACAUCUCUGAUAGAAUGGACUCCCGAAGCAUUAUUCUCUAACUAUCCCUACAGGAUGGAAGAAGUUAGUGUAAUCCAGCAUUCCUGCUGAGUAUAAAACUUACUGCCACCUCUGAUCUUUGAAGAGAGAUUUAUCGCUUCCUGUGGCAAUACUGAAUACUCAAAGAGUGAGUUCUGACCUCAGGAGCUGCAUGAAGAAUAGCCAGCAUGAAGAGAACAAAUCAGUCCAGGCAGAAGUGCAGAAGCGUCGAGAACAUAAAUCAGGAAGGUGAAAUGGAAGGUGAGGCAGUCGACGCUAUUGUGGAGGAAUCAGAAACUUUCAUUAAGGGAAAAGAGAGGAAAACUUAUCAAAGACGCCGUGAAGGUGGGCAAGAGGAUGAUGCUUGUCACAUACCAGCAAACCAAGCAGAUGGAGGUGAAGUGGUGCAGGAUGUCAGCAGUGGGGUGCAGAUGGUGAUGAUGGAUCAGCUGGAUCCAACUCUUCUUCAAAUGAAGACCGAAGUAAUGGAAGGUGCAGUGCCUCAAGAAACUGAGGCUACUGUGGAUGACACACAGAUCAUAACACUUCAGGUUGUUAAUAUGGAAGAGCAGCCUAUAAACCUUGGUGAGCUUCAGCUGGUCCAAGUACCUGUACCAGUGACUGUACCUGUUGCCACCACAUCUGUGGAAGAACUGCAGGGAGCUUAUGAAAAUGAGGUUUCCAAAGGAGGCCUGCAGGAGGGGGAGCCCAUGAUCUGUCACACCCUCCCUUUACCAGAAGGCUUCCAAGUCGUGAAAGUGGGUGCAAAUGGUGAGGUGGAGACACUGGAACAAGGUGAACUUCAGCCACAGGAAGAUCCCAAUUGGCAAAAAGAUCCAGACUAUCAGCCACCAGCCAAAAAAACAAAGAAAAACAAAAAGAGUAAGCUUCGCUACACUGAGGAAGGCAAAGAUGUGGAUGUCUCUGUAUAUGACUUUGAAGAGGAGCAGCAGGAGGGUUUGUUGUCCGAGGUUAAUGCAGAAAAGGUGGUGGGCAAUAUGAAACCACCAAAACCAACAAAAAUUAAAAAGAAAGGUGUAAAGAAGACAUUCCAGUGUGAACUGUGCAGUUACACUUGUCCGCGUCGUUCCAACUUGGACCGCCACAUGAAAAGCCACACCGAUGAAAGACCACACAAGUGCCAUCUCUGUGGCAGGGCUUUCCGGACAGUCACAUUGCUGAGGAACCACCUCAACACUCACACAGGUACUCGCCCUCACAAGUGCCCAGACUGCGACAUGGCCUUUGUGACCAGUGGAGAGUUGGUUCGGCAUCGCCGCUACAAACACACCCACGAGAAACCAUUCAAAUGUUCCAUGUGUGACUAUGCCAGUGUGGAGGUUAGCAAAUUGAAACGCCACAUCCGCUCGCACACCGGAGAGCGCCCGUUCCAGUGCAGCCUGUGCAGCUAUGCCAGCAGAGACACCUACAAACUGAAGAGGCACAUGAGGACCCACUCCGGAGAGAAGCCAUAUGAAUGUUACAUCUGCCACGCUCGCUUCACUCAGAGCGGUACCAUGAAGAUGCACAUUUUGCAGAAGCACACGGAGAAUGUGGCCAAAUUCCACUGCCCUCACUGUGAUACUGUUAUAGCGAGAAAGAGUGACCUGGGUGUCCACUUGCGGAAGCAGCAUUCCUACAUUGAGCAGGGCAAGAAGUGUCGCUACUGUGACGCUGUGUUCCAUGAGAGGUAUGCCCUCAUCCAGCAUCAAAAGUCCCACAAGAAUGAGAAGCGCUUCAAGUGUGACCAGUGUGAUUAUGCCUGCAGACAGGAGCGGCACAUGGUCAUGCACAAACGGACCCAUACUGGAGAAAAGCCUUAUGCCUGUAGCCAUUGUGAUAAAACCUUCCGCCAGAAGCAGCUCCUCGACAUGCACUUCAAGAGAUACCACGAUCCCAACUUUGUCCCUGCUGCCUUUGUCUGCUCCAAGUGUGGCAAAACGUUCACUCGCAGGAACACAAUGGCCAGACAUGCUGAUAACUGCUCUGGCCUAGAUGGUGGGGAAGGAGAGAAUGGAGGAGAGACAAAGAAAGGCAAACGUGGCCGAAAGAGAAAGAUGCGUUCCAAGAAAGAAGAUUCUUCUGAUAGUGAGGAAAAUGCUGAACCAGAUUUGGAUGAUAAUGAAGAUGAGGAGGAGACAGCAGUAGAAAUUGAGGCUGAACCAGAAGUUGAGCAAGAGGCUCCUGCACCACCUCCCAGUAAGAAAAGAAGAGGAAGACCACCAGGCAAAGCUGCCGCUCAACCAAAACAAUCCCAGCCUGCAGCAAUCAUUCAGGUUGAAGACCAGAACACUGGUGAAAUUGAAAAUAUUAUAGUUGAAGUGAAGAAAGAACCUGAUGCAGAAACAGCAGAGGAAGAGGAAGAAGCUCAGCCUGCUGUAGUGGAAGCUCCCAACGGAGACCUCACCCCUGAGAUGAUUCUCAGCAUGAUGGACCGGUGAUGGAGGAAGACCACGUUGGCUGACUGAACUGGCCUGGGCUGUGUUUAAGCGGCUCAAAUCUAUUUUUUUUUUCCUUUAAUCUUUUUUCUUGGCUUUGGGAAAUGCAUCAUUUUAGACCAUUUUACCAAACAUACUGGGAAUUUAAAAAAAAAAAAAAGAUGUUAGAAUGUGAUUUAACUAGAACUUGCUGUUUUAUGUUAGCAUUACAGGAUCAUGGAACAUUAGGAAAUAUUUUGGAGUCCUUGAGGGUUUCCUCUGAAAUGCUUGAUUUAGUUUUGCUCUAAACUGCAUUGUAAAGCUGGUCCAAGGGCCGUGUUUACAUGCACCAGGUUUUAAUAUACAAAAGUGGAAGCCUUGACUAGAGUAUGUGGAAAACCACUCCGGACUUGCCCUUCCAGUUCCCAGAGUCCUUGAGCCUCUUCUCUCAGUAGUGUUUUUAACUGUAAAUGCAGACUUGGGAGGGUUCUAGACUUUUGAAAUGUUUUUUUGGUUGUUUUUUUGUUUUUUGUUUUUGCUUUCUCCCACUGAAUAGCUCCGGUUCUCCAAGUCGGCUGCACAUGGUAGUUUUGGCAUGCUCCAACUGGUUUCUGUCCUUAAUAUGCUUUGCUUUCUGCAAAGCAUUUCUGUAAUGGUCAAGCUUGUAAAUAACUUUUUUUUUUUUUUUUACAUUUUAAUCUUUUUCCAUUAAUUAAGAGGUAUGCAAAAAUGCAGUUUAAAGAUACCCCGGUAUUCUAAUUCCUUUCAAACUAAGUGAAAAGAGAAUUGAUAGAGUGUAAAUGUUGGAAAACUGUUAAUAAGGUAGAGAAAAGAUGUACCCAGGCUGUUGCUUGCAGAACAAGAGAAACCCACAUGUGAAAUCUGGUUUUGAAGCACAAAAAACUUGUAUUUGAUAGAAUCUUAGACUGGCUUGGGUUAGAAGGCACUUACAGGCCAUUAGUUCUACCCCUCUGCCACAUUUCACUAGACCAGCUUCCUGCAAGCUCUGUCCAACCUGGCCUUGAACACUUCCAGGGAUGAAGCAGCAACAGUUUCUCUGGGCAAUCUGUGCCAGGG